CCGCCGCCGCCGCUGCUGCUGCUCCGGUCCCGGAUCCGCCCGCGCCCGGCUGAGGAAAUGCACGGGCGGCUCAAGCUCCGCCCCCCGGACGCGGCGCGGCGCCGGCAGCGAGAGGAGAAACUGAGGCAGUACCGGGAGAGCAUGGAGGCCUUACUGGGGGGCCCGCCCCCAGCCCAGGUUCUCUCCCUCACCGGUUCCGUCCUGGCCUCCAACCCCGACGUCGGCACCUGCUGGAACCUGCGGAGACGCGCGCUGGGAGCGCUGGGAGGCGACUGGGUGCCCUCAGAGCUGGCCUUCGUGGGGCAGUGCCUGGGGGUGAACCCCAAAUCCUACGGGGCGUGGCACCACCGGAGCUGGGUGCUGGCGAGGGCGCCCCCUGCUGGCCGGGAGGACCUGGCGCUGUGCGAGCGCCUCCUGGCGGCCGACCCGCGCAACUUCCACGCCUGGGAGCACCGGCGCUCCCUCAGCGCCUCCCGGGACGCCGAGGCCGAGCUGAGCUUCGCCGGGGAUCUCCUGAGCCGCGACUUCUCCAACUUCUCGGCCUGGCAGCACCGCCUGCGCGUGCUGGGGGCCGCAGGGGAUUGUGGGAAGGGAGCGCUGAGCCAGGACAGGCUCCAGAAAGAGCUGGAACUCGUUCACCACGCCGUGUUCACCGACCCCACCGACCAGAGCCCCUGGGUUUACCUUCGCUGCCUCCUCUCCCGAGGUCCAGAGAAGCCCAGGGUGGUUUUUGUGCACGUGGAUCGAGAGGAUUCGACGUUGAGCGUCGUCUUCUCGCGGCCGGUCAAGGUGUCCCCAGAGUGGCCAGAACUCGAGGUCACCUUGGAUGGCUCCGCCCUGGGCGUGUCCUGGAGCUCGGGGGAGGGGCGGCCCCGCCCCAGCCACACCUGGCUCUGCGACCUCCCGGCCCCGCCCACCCAGAGCCCCGCCCACUUCGAGGUCACCUGGUCCCGAGGCUCCGCCCCCGUCGCCGUCACGCUGCAGCCAGGUGAGGCUGAGGCCUGGUGGGAGGAGCCAAUCAGAGAGCAGGAGCUGUUCUGGCCCGAGGUGGGCGGGGCCUGUCCCCAGGUGCUGCGGGCCCAGGUGGGGCCGUGCCGGGAGCUGCUGGAGCUGGAGCCCCAGAGCCGAGGCUGCCUCCUCACCCUGUCCCUGCUUUUGGCUGCUCUGGAUCCUCGAGGCCACGCCCAGGAAAUCCGGGAGCACCUGAGGAACCUGCAGGACGCCGACCCCCUGCGCUCUGGGUUCGUGGCCGACGUCCGCUCCCGCUUCGAGGUCGUACUGGGAAUACUGGGAGCGGGGGAGGGGCUGAGCCUGCCCAGUAAGGGCCUGACCGUGGUGCCCCUCCUGGAGCGCGUGGCCUCCAUCACCCGCCUGGAGCUGCCGGGGAACGAACUGGGAGCGGUGCCGGGAGCACUGGGAGCCAUGAGGAGGCUGAGGGAACUGGAUCUCUCUGACAAUCACGUGACCGACCUGGGCUCGGCCCCGCCCCUCCCCCGCCUGGAGCUGCUGCGGCUGGACCGGAACCCCAUUAGCCACGCCUCCGCUCUAUCCUCAUUGGCCGCCUGGCCCCGCCUCGCUCGCCUGCGAUUGGCCGAGACCCCGCUGGGCUCCGCCCCCGACGGCCCCGCCCAUGUGACCGAGCUCCUCCCACGCGUCGACGUCGCCUUCAGCUGAUUGGCUGGCGGCGCUCAGGCCACGCCCCCUAUUAAUCUCGAGUUGAGCCUGCCGUUCCGGUUUUGGCCGUGCCACUUCCGGUUUGGGCCUAUUACUUCCGGUUUUGGCCGUGUCCACUUCCGGUGUUGGAUGGAGUGACGUCACCUCUCGUUUGAUUGGCUGGCGGGGCCGCCCCGCGGUUUGGCCACGCCUCCUUUCCCCCAUUUGAUGUCGGUGCUUCCGGGGUUUGGCCCCGCCCAUUUCCGGUGUUAAAUAAAGUGACGUCACUCAG